AGUUAGAAAUAAGCAUCAAUGAAAUUCUGUCGGCCCGAAAUGAAAUCCUCUUCUUUUGGUUCAUUCAUCCCUUGACCGACGUUUCAACCCCUCAUGCCGUCCUUGCGUCUCAUUGACGAUGAAAACGACCAGGUGGCUCCCGAUGUAACACAACCGUUAUGCUAUGUAUGCCAGAAACAGUUUUCCAACUACAUCUGUCCUCGUUGUAAUCUUCGCUAUUGCUCGUUAGCAUGUUACAAAGAUCUACAGCACGCUGAUUGCACUGAAUCGUUUUAUCGUGACAGUAUCACUGCAGAGAUUCAAUCUCGUGAUCUGGAUCAGGACGGCAAACGUCAAAUGCUCGAAUUGCUGAGACGAUUCGAAGCCGAGAAUGAUACCGCGCAACUGGAAGAGGAAGAAGGGGAGAAAGAUGAAGAAGACGAUUUAUUGGAGCGAUUUGGAAAUUUGGAUAUUGAAAAAGCUGAUAUGGAUGAAAUUUGGGAUAAACUGACCGAGAAAGAACGACAAGAAUUCCAAUCGUUACUAAGUCAAGAGACUGCGGCGGCAGACAUGCUAUCAUUACCGCCUUACCAACCAUGGUGGGAACAAAACGAUUCAUCCAGCCUGAUCCAUGAUUUGACAGAUGCGGAGGAUCAAGUCGACAAAGGAAAUAGCGUUCCUCCAUUACCUGUCGUUGCUGAAUUCGAAUCACUGUUCAAAGGGAAGCCUAGUUUACAGUUGACUUGGAAUAUGAUGAACAUCGCCAUGACGUAUUGUUACGCGAUGCGACGAACUUUGGGCACGUUGGAAGAAGAUCUUGCAGAUACUGUUCAUGUGAUCGAGACUGUUUCUGCACCUGUAUUGUUUCGAUUUUCUGGUGCAUGCGAUUAUGCAAAAGUGGAAGAUGUGGCGGCCGAUGCAGUGGAGGGAAUUUUGCGAUUGGAGAAUGAUAUGCAGGGCUCCCGUCGUACUCAAUUGACAUUGCUACUGCUGAACGACCUGUUACAAUUACUGCAACAUUCACAACGUCAAGAUCUGGUACGGGCACUGGGCCAUCUGUGGCAAACCUUGCAGACCGCUUCCCAGCAAUUGAAAAAGAAAAAGAUCUCCCUGGCGGCACGGAAGGCCUAUUUUCAUGUGUCUUUCGCAAUACAAGCGAGCAAACAACAAGGUCUAUCCUUCAUGGAAUCGAUGGUGCGUGCUGAGCGGGAUCGUUUACGUGUCGAUGAGGAAACGUUUACUCGUCAGGAACGAGCUGCAGCCGAAGCUUUGAAACAUACCCCACCUUCUGCGCAAAGCAGAAUCGUCGAACUCGUGUAAAUAAAUAAAAGCAUACAAAAGUUUAUAAAGCU